CAGGCAGGCUGGGCCUUGUUUGAAAAAACGAGGCGGUGGUAGCGGUGACCAAUUUUGGGGGUGGGGUGGGGUGCAAGGCUUGUUUUGGGAAAUUGACGUGUCAGAUGCGCUGGAGCACCUGCUUACUUGGUACUGAAGAAUAAAGCUACUUGUGGAUCUGAAAGUACACCCUGUGAGGAUACCUGGCUGAAAACAUGGCAACCCAAGUAGUCCAACUGUCCAGCCGUCAAUCAGAUGCCAACCUGACCAGAAAGGUGAACCUCAGAAUGCCCCUGAAGAUCCUAGAGCCUGGUCGGUCAAAGCUAUCCACUGUUGAGACCAAGAGGAUUAUAUCUGUGAUGGACGAUACCAUCUUUAAGGUUGAGCUGGUCAGCGCAUUCUCUUACAUCAUCAAGAACCUUGAGGAUAUGAGUGCAGUGUUGGGACCUGAACUUACAGGGGCUCUUAAGGAACAUCUGCGGCUUUCAAACGUUAUGGAGGCUACGCUCACCCGCCUUGAAGAGGAAGGGGUGUUGCAAAAGGGCACUGCCAGGGGGUGGCUCAUUGACACUGAGGAUCCAAGUGGCUACCUUGUCUUGCACAUACAAGGCUUAAGGUCUUCUGUCCGAAAUAUUGUCCGCCUGUUUUUUGCUCAUCCCUUAGCUUAUCAGGCAAUACACGAUAUUGCCAAUUUCAGGCAGCUGGCUGUCUCACAGUUCAUUAAAGGCCUUGUGGAGCUCAGGGGGUUCCUGCUUGAGAAGCUUCUGACUACCCCAUUAGAAGAAAGAGAAAGGAAUCGGUUUAUACAUGAAAUAAGUCAGCGAGACAAGAAAAACACGGAGAUGAUUGCAGCUUUGGAGGAGGAACUGGCAGCGGAGAUCAAGAGUCGUGAUGAUGAGAUCUCCAGGAAGAACGCCACAAUCAAGGACCUCAAAACCCACUUGCACAGCCUCUCCAAGGUCUCUGAAAACCAAAUCCUGCGCACCCGAGCAGAAGCGGAGAAGGCGCAGAAGACGGAGCUACGUGGGUCCCAGGGCAAGUGUGCCAAGUUGCAGCAGGAGCUGAAUCAGCUCAGAGCCGCAUUAAAUGCCCUCAUUUUAGAGGACCGGGAGUCUGAACUUAAUCUCCGGAAGAAAAAAUACAAAGUGGAGAUGGAAAUAGAGAACUGGGUCCAGAAGUAUGAUAUUGAGAUGCUAGAAAAGCAGGAGGAGAUUGAGGAGAUUGACGUGGUCUAUGUGGUAGAGAAGGAACAGCUGGCAGAGCUGAGAGAGAAGUAUGCGCUGCUGGAUCAGGAAUACAGCCAGAUCAAGGAGGAGAGGAGGGUGAAGCAGGAGCAGAAGGAGAAGGCCGAGAAGGAGCUGGCCAUCCUGGUCCGAGCCGCCACCCUCAUCCAAGCCUUGUGGAAGGGCUACCUGGUGAGAUCGCUGCUACGGUCCAAGAGGAAGAAGAAGGGCAAAGGGAGGAGAGGGAGGAAGUGAGCCUUCAACUCUUCCUGCCCUGCCCCGUCCCCAGUCACAGGCAGCCGAGUCCAUUCCAGAUCGUCCAGAAUGGAUAUUUAGCACUCCCAAGGGAGGUUUGUCGUUCCUCAAUAAAUGCUAUCAGCCAAAUAGGCAAAGUUGUAAAA